AUGAAGUACUCUACUGCCGCUCUCGCUCUUGCCGGUAUGGCCACCACCGUCCGUGGUCACGGUUUCAUCACUUCUCCCAAGGCUCGUAUGCCUGGUGAUGCCUUCGAGGCUGCCUGUGGUCAGCAAGUCUACUACAACCAGGCUGGUGACAACUACGGCAACAUUCAGGGCGAACUCCAGGUUGCCAAGACCCAGAGCGACUACAACGCUGAGAAGUGUCAAAUCUGGCUCUGCAAGGGUUACAAGUACGAAGACAACAAGGAUCUUGUCGAGACUUAUACUCCCGGACAGAAGGUUCCUAUCAAAUUCGAUGUUCGCGCUCCCCACGAAGGCACUGCCAACGUCUCUGUCAUUGAUACCGCCACCAACACUAUCAUCGGUACCCCUCUGAUUUCAUGGGACGUCUACGCCUCCAGCGCUUCGGCUAUCCCUGCCGACCAGACCUCUUUCACUGUCACCAUCCCUGAGGAUCUUGGCAGCAAGUGCUCUACUCCCGGUGCUUGUGUGCUCCAACACUUCUGGGAUGCCAGAUCGGUCGAUCAGACCUACGAAUCCUGCAUUGACUUCACCGUCAGUGGAUCAGGCUCCGGUGCCGCUCCUGCUAGCUCCAAGGCUGCCUCGUCGAGCGCCGCUCCUGUUUCUUCCCAGAAGGCUGCCUCCUCUUCGAGUGCUCCUGCCAAGGCCCCUAUCACCUCUGCCGCGGCCGCCUCAUCUGCUGCUAAGCCUACUACCAUGGCCACUGUUGUUAAGUCCAGCAGCGCUGCUCCCGUUUCCUCCAGCUCAGCCAGUGGUACUGUCUCUGCCUGGGACGAGCAUGGCCUUUGGGUGUCGGUUGUUCUUAAGCGUUUGUUUGCGGUCUUGAAUUGGUCGAAAGAGAGAAGCCAUGAUCGUUUUUCUGGUUGUGGUGGUUAG